UCUUCUCCCUCUCUUCAAACGCCAAGCUAAGGUUCUUCUCUUUCUCUCCACUUCCCAACAGUCGGACCCCUCCCUCAAUCCUCUUCCAAACUUCAUUCAAACUUGAAAUUUUACAAUCUUGGAAAGGAACAAGAAUGGCGACCUUCGAGCUUUACCGGAGAUCGACGAUCGGGAUGUGUUUGACGGAGACGCUCGAUGAGAUGGUCUCCAAUGGAAUUCUCAGCCCAGAGAUUGCCAUCCAAGUCCUUGUUCAGUUCGACAAGUCGAUGACUGAAGCUCUGGAGGCUCAGGUGAAGAACAAAGUUUCAAUCAAGGGGCAUCUUCACACAUAUAGAUUCUGUGACAACGUCUGGACUUUCAUCUUACAAGAUGCUUUAUUCAAGAGUGAGGAAUGCCAGGAGAAUGUUAGUCGUGUUAAGAUUGUGGCAUGUGAUUCAAAGCUUCUCACCCAGUGAGGGGAUUGCAAAUGACGAAACUGUUGAACAAGUUUUUUUCUUAGUUCUGCUUCAUAGAAAUUUGAUGCUAGUGAAAUAUGAAUUGGAGAAAGCUGGGUUUCAUUCCUUUGGCUACAAUUCCAGGCUAGAGAUGAAAUUGCAACACCUUUUGUGUCAACCUGUAUACAGUGAUCCUCACUUCAUUCCAGCAUACUCUCCUUUUGUACUAUGGUUUAGUUCAAGAUUGUCAUCCUUGCUUAUCCCAUGCUUUGGCAUCUGAAUCUCUUCUUUUGCAUAUAUUUAUGCCCUAAUAUAACAUGCAUUGAUAA